ACUGACGAGCUCCGGGUCGUCCCGGCGGCAGGGCCAUGGCGGCCGCUGAGCCCAAGACCCCCGCGGGGGCGGCCGCGGCCCGGCGCCUGGCCCAGGGCUGCUGGUCUGCCUUUUGGGAUUACGAGACGCCGAAGGUGAUCGUGGUGAAGAACAGGCGCCUGGGCGUCGUGUACCGCGCAGUGCAGCUGCUCAUCCUGCUCUACUUCGUGUGGUACGUGUUCAUCGUGCAGAAGAGCUACCAGGACAGAGAGACGGGCCCCGAGAGCUCCGUCAUAACCAAGGUCAAGGGCAUCACCUCCUCUGAGCACAGAGUGUGGGACGUGGAGGAGUACGUGAAGCCUCCCGAGGGGGGCAGUGUGUUCAGUAUCAUCACCAGGAUCGAGGUCACCCCCUUCCAGACCCUCGGAACCUGCCCGGAGAGCAUGCGAGUCAACAAUGCCACCUGCGCCUCGGACGAGGACUGCGUGGCAGGGCAGCUGGACAUGCUAGGAAACGGCCUGCGCACCGGGCGCUGUGUGCCCUAUUACCACGGGGCCUCUAGGACCUGCGAGGUGUCUGCCUGGUGCCCAGUGGAGGACGGGGCCUCUGUCAGCCAAUUUCUCGGUAAGAUGGCCCCAAAUUUCACCAUCCUCAUCAAGAACAGCAUCCACUACCCCAAAUUCCAGUUCUCCAAGGGCAACAUUGAGAACCGGAAGGAUGGCUACCUGAAACACUGCACAUUUGAUGAGGUAUCCAACCUCUACUGCCCCAUCUUCAAGCUGGGCUUCAUCGUGGAGCAGGCAGGGGAAAACUUCACCGAGCUGGCACACACGGGUGGCGUCAUUGGGAUCAUUAUCAACUGGGACUGUGAUCUGGACCUGUCAGCAUCAAAGUGCAACCCCAAGUAUUCCUUCCGAAGGCUUGACCCCAAGCACAUCCCGGCCUCAUCGGGAUACAACUUCAGGUUUGCCAAGUAUUACAAGAUAAAUGGCAGCACCACCCGCACACUCAUCAAAGCCUAUGGGAUCCGCAUUGACAUCAUAGUGCACGGACAGGCGGGGAAGUUCAGUCUGAUUCCAACCAUCAUUAAUCUCGCCACAGCACUGACUUCCAUCGGGGUGGGCUCCUUCCUGUGUGACUGGAUCUUGCUGACAUUCAUGAACAAAAACAAGGUGUACAGCCAUAAGAAGUUUGACAAGGUGUGUACACCAAGGGACACCUCAGGUAGCUGGCCUGUGGCCCUGGCCCUUGUUUUGGGUCAGGCCCCUCCUCCAACCCACCCCUGCUCUGCAGACACAGACCAGGCAGGCCAACUGUGGGCCGAGGGGCAGAGCCAGGCCCAAGCCAUCCUACCCCCACAGCCUUGCCCCACCUCUGCCCCAUCCACGCAGAUGGUGGAUACUCCCAAGCAGGGUACAGGACGAGUGCUUUCCAUCUCUGAGCCUUCCCAACAGGACUCCACACUCAUGGACGCCAGAGGUUUGGCCCAGCUCUGAGCCCACCUCCCGUCAGGCUGUAUUGAAGGCCUGGGCCUGGAAGGGUUCCCUUUCUGCAGCCCCAAGACAAAAAAAGCCCCUGGCUCUCAUGGCAGCAUCACUAGGGGCCACAAGGUGGACCGGGCCCUGCCACAAGCCUCAACACCCUGUCUUGGGGAAAAUGGGAACCAAAGGAUCUCCAUGCACCCCAGCAGUGAGCUGACACAAAAGGGGAGGCACCCUGAUCCCAACCUCCCUGAGCCUGUAGGGAAGGGCAAGUUCCUGCUACCUUUUCCCCAGCUGACCUCCCCUCCCACCCACACGGCCCAGCCAGGCCCAGCCCAGCCCAGCCCAGCCCACUUUGUUCACCUCAUAGCCAAUAUAUCAUGUUCAGAAUCCAAUAAACCUGUGACCAGAAUCUCUGGCCUUGUUUUUGGAAAAGCACCUUGAAGCCCUGGAUAUAUAUAUGUGAUGGCAGGUCACUGCACAUGGGGGUUGCUGGUGCCCCUGGCCCUUGUCACCCUCCCAGCCUGCUACAAUGUGGACACAUCUGCUGCCAUGUACAACAAGGUCAAGGACAUGUCUGACCAGGACCAGGGGAACAGAAGCCAUGAAUGCAUGAAGACCCCAGACUCAAUCCAGCAGCCACCUGCCCUACUUAGUACAUUUAUCAGCUUCCUGUAGGGGUCAUCCUAGAACCCCAAUCUCAAAACCUGGGAAAAGGAUAAGACCUGUCAAGGAGGGGAGCCAGGAAGGAGGCACAAAAGGCAUACCAAGGAAAACACUGGCUCUUAAAACAAAUGGUCACCAAGGUGCUGAGGCCCUUAAAACAGGGCCAAAGGCAGUGCAGGAUGUUGGUGCUGGGGACCAGGGAUGGCCAGGGCAGGGUUAGAGCACAGGCACCAGCUGGAUCAGGCCUAUGGGUAAUGUGGUUACUGCGCCUUCAGAUGCUACAGUGGUCAUUACAUUUAGUGGCUCUGCCUGAGGGAUUCCAGAACCCAGAUGGCCAGUGGCUUUUCCAGUACUGUCAGAGGGAGGCACACAGGUCACCUCACCUGUGAUCCCACUUCUCCCAAGGGUUUAGAUCCAUACCAGCCCCGGGGACCC